AUACUUAACAUCCGUGACGACAUAGAAGUUCCCCCUAAAAUGGCUACGGUUGUUAUUGCUAUCGAUGAAAGUAAAUUCGCACAGUAUGCAUUCAGAUGGUAUGCAGAACAUCUUCAUAAAGAGGAAUACAAAGUCGUUUUACUACACGCUUUGGAGAAUUUGUUCAUGAAAGAUAUGAUGGGUCCAGGACGACAUGAAGAGUUCAACAUAAAAGCUGAGAAAAAGGCCGUUGCUUUGAAAGAAUUGUACACAAAACUUGCUCAGGAAUCUCAAGUAAACCCAGAAAUACGUGUUGAGAGAGUAGACACGAAACCCGAACAUGCAAUUGUAGAUAUUGCUCAUAAAGAAAAUGCCAAAUUUAUCGUAACUGGAACUAGAGGAGUUGGUGUAAUUAGAAGAACCGUUCUAGGAAGCACUAGUGAUUUCAUUAUGCACCAUGCUCGUUGUCCAGUUGUCAUUUGCAAUAUGGACUAAAUCUUGACAACUUUUUAUCCUCCAUGUACAUAUUCCUUGACUAAAGACAUUGGUACUAAUGCACAUGAAAUAAUUGUUAUAUAUUAGAUUGUUUCUUUUUUUCUUCACGCUCUUAAGUCUCUCAAUAACACGUUAACCAUCUGACGAAGAGUAAAAUUUUGUCAUACAUGAGUAAAUAGUCCAGGUAUUCUUAAUAUCUUCUCCUAAUCAUACGAAAUAAAAUCAGCGUUAUUAUUUAGAUUUUUAAUUAGUUAUAUAAAGAACUUUACUAACUGAAGUCUCAUUCAUGCUAUUUUUCUUGUAUAUUGUCUUUCGUUCUUUACUUCACAGAUUUAUCUUGAAAAUAUAUGUUUUGGAGUGUUUUGAAUCAUCCUCCUUAUAGAUGUAGAGCCGUCUUUCCUCAUUAGAUGAUUGAAACUUUCAAUUCAAUUAAAAUAGAAUUUAAUUCGCACAUUGUUUAGAGUCCUUGCAAAGGUCACAGGUUUUAUUAAAUUUUAUAACUU